AUGAGCAGCGAUGAAGACCAAAGGAACAUGGCGAUCAAGGUCGUCGCAGCCCUAUUCAUGUCGAUAGCAUGUGUGGCUGUGAUGCUACGAUGCUAUGUCCGGGGCUGGCUGGUGAAGGCAUUUGGAUGGGAUGAUGGUGCUAUGGUUAUGGCUAUGUUCUGGUACAUCUUUUUCUCUGGGGCCAUGAUUGGCGCAGGGGUGCAUGGAAAUGGGCGGCACUGGUAUAGUCUCGAACCGGAGGAGCGAGUGGCUGCCAUGGAGUAUUGGUGGUUCUGCGAGAUUGCUUUCUGCUUCUCAUCUAUUUUUUGCAAGAUCUCAAUCUGCAUUUUCCUCCUGCGAAUCUGUAUCAGGCGAUUGCACCUAUGGCUUCUCUAUUCUGUCAUGGCCAUGACCGUUCUUGCGGGCUUAGUGUUCAUGUUUCUGAUGUUCCUGCAAUGCAGGCCACUUUCCUACUUCUGGACUCGGAUGAAGCAUCACCCGGUCGUCAACAUCGAAGGCGAAGGCUCUUGUAUCAACAUGGAAAUCAUUGUCGCCAUGACAUAUGUCUACAGUGCGUUUGCCGCAAUGUGCGACUUUACUGUUGGUAUCCUACCUGUCUUUGUUGUGCACAAACUUCACAUGAAACGCCAGACGAAAUUGGCAGUUAUUGGAAUUUUGAGUAUGGCUUGCAUUGCAUCCUCCGCCGUGAUUGUUCGUAUACCGUUCGUGAGCACUUUUAAUGACUUAGACGACUUUUUAUAUUCUACUGUUCAAAUUGCCUAUUGGUCAAAUCUGGAGGUUGGCCUUGGUAUUACUGCUGGCAGUCUCGCAACCCUCCGUCCGCUUCUUCGUCACUGGCUUGGUUCACAUGCAGAUCCAUCGUAUUCUGCUGGGUUCCCAAAAGAAUCUUAUGGGCGUCCAACUGCCGGGAGUAGACAACGUCCUGUGGCUUUGGGGUCAAUGGGAGCACAUGAUCGGAGCGAAUUGAGACCCGAUAAACUGGCAGUCAUGGUGACAAACAUCGAGACCCAAAGAGAUUUGGAAAUCUCCUGGCCACAAUCCUGCAGCCCGAGCGAUAGCGUGGAAGGAUUGACUUUGCAACAACAUCCACUACCAGGAAGAAUGGAAGUCGGUAUCCGUCAGACGUUCGAAGUUACCCAGACAACUUCAGAUGGGUUUUACAGCGAAGGAUCCCAUCGGACCGAGAGAGAGCAUGUAUAA